CCUGUACGAAUGUGAGAGCACACCUGCGUGUCGCGUUAUGGGACACCCGCAGCGCUGCCGAUGCUGUCCCCGCUCAGUGGCCCCAUGCCCUGUCGGGUACCGCUGUGGGGACAGGUGGUGGGACACAGCACUGCGGUGUCCCACUGGUGUGGUGUGGGUAACUCGGCCCUGCAGUUAGAGCAGACGAGGGCACUUGUUCUUUUCAGCCUGGAGGAGACUGAGGUCUGAUCCCACUGGGGUCGGCACCUUCCUCAUGAGGGGCAGUGGAGGGGCAGCUCCGAUUUCUGCUCUCUAUGACAAGUGGCAGGACCCCGGGGAACGGCCUGAAGAUGCGUCAGGGGAGGUUUAGGUUGGAUCUCAGGGAAAGAUUCUUCCCAAGGAGGGUGGGUUGGGCACUGAACAGGCUCCCCAGGGUGGUGGUCACAGCACCAAGGCUGACAGAGCUCAAGGAGUGUUCAGAUGAUAGUCGGGCACUCUUGGGGCUGUCCUGUGCAGGGCCAGGAGCUGAACUUGAUGAUCUUUCUGAGUUCCUUCCAACUCAGGGUAUUCUAUGAUUCUGUGAUAAAGAUUUCUCCUGCCUUUUUUUUUUUUUUCCUUAAAUUGCAGGUAAAUCAUGCAGCAGAGUUGGGGAACUGAAACAAGACAACUGAACCUCAGGACAGGCGUAAGGAUUUCACAAUAAUGGGGGGAAAUGGUCUGGUCAGCAAAGCACAAAGAGGAGGGUCGAGGAAGAUCUGAUAAAUUGCAGCCAUGUGUAGAUCUGACUAGCUAUUAGCAUUAAAUAAACCUGCAAAAUAAUAACUUCCUAGUCUUUUCUAAAACAUCUAAUAGAACCAGACUGUAUCUGUCGAGUAAGUACAGAAGUUACUGAGGUGAACAUUCCAAGAACAUUGAUUGGAAAGUACCUUUGUGCAAGACUUGCUGUUGGAGCAAAGCAACACCUAAUGUGUCAGAAAAAAAAAGUAGAGCUGUUCUUAGUAGGGUUGUAACUGUAAGGGAGCAAAGGUGUAUUUUAAUGACUAAUAAUGUUACUAUCUUCAUAUUUUGGCCUUGGUAGUGUUAAAACAACACUUUGAAGUGUGCUAGUAAGUAUAGUAGACUUGCAAUUUGUAAUUUGAUGGGUGGGUCACCAUAGCCUAAAAUAUUGAAAUAUUUAUGGAGACCUUUCACUCCCCAAGAAGAUACAAACUCUUUGAGAGCUAUCAUGAGGUACAAUUAUUAAAUAAUUAUGUGCAUACCUGGAGCUGACCUCUACUUCAUUUACUGUAUCAACAUGCACUUCUGCUCACAAGCAAUAUACCAACAGUAACUCAAACAGAACCAGCUGUGACUCGGAAGCAGCUCCCGGAACUGCACUGACAGAAACCUUCAGCAUCUUCUGACUGCCAGAAAAUUCAUCUCAGCUACUGCAUCAGCUCCUCUUGCACCUCUCAGUGCAGUUCUGACAGCAAAUCUGAUGGUUUGAAUUUAGUAAUUCUGUAGUGUUGCUGUAUUGUCUGAGCCAUUGCAUUUUUGUUCUGAGAAAGUAACUGUGUGCUGUGUUCCUUGUCAGAUAAAGCAGUACUUCCAUGGGAGAGGUGACAAUUAGCCUGUCAUAGCAUUAGGUAUCUGAUUUACUACUCUGGUUCCUUUAGUUUUCCCUCCUUCCAGUGUUCAUCUCCACUGACUCACUGUAGGGAUUAUCUGUUUUCCUAAUAAAAUCUAUUAGAUAAUCCCACAGGAGACUAUCACUAUAGUAUACAAAUAGUUUUAAUGAAUUUCCUAAAAAACUAUAUCAAAUUAUGCUGUGUGAUUAUUCAAGGUAUUUUAUGGGUCAUCAUUUUCUUUAAAAGCAAAUUAAGAGCUAGAAGGAAUCCUUGGUCCCUAGAGGAGUCAUUGGUCAAACCAAGAAUUCCUUCAUUUUGUGUUUACUGGAAAAGAAUUCUUCCUUGUUUUAAAAUAAGUACAUCCGAGUGAAACCUCAUUAGAAGUCUCCCUUGUUUUCUAGGAUUUCACGGAACAGACUGUCUUAUUUUCAACACUUUUUCUGGGUUCUGGUUCAGCUACAAAUUAUCUGAACAAUGGAAAGAUUAGCAACACCCUAAAGGUGAUGUAAGUUCUCUAAUACUGCUUCAACAGCACCAGAGGUGAAGACGGUUACGCUGAGUUUAAGAAUUGUGCUUUGAUUUUCAGGUUUGUACAUAGGAAAACCUUGACCAUUUAUAAAAUAUAUUAAGAUUUCACUUAAUUGCUGACAGAAAUAUAUGACAUAAAAUAGUUAAAAAUGUACUGCUUGCUGCUGUGCACUUGCAGGCAAUCAAUCCUCUCCCCAGACAAAUAACAGCCUCUGUGUGGUAGAGCACCAUCAGUGCCAAAGGCUUGAUAGGAAUAACUGGGAAAUGCCUCUCAUUCUCUGCUUCAACAAUAAAUAGAACCUCCUCUAAGAUUAGUAUGCUGUUUUAUGCACACAACUUCCAAGAAGUCAGCUGAUUUCUCUUUCUCUUUAGAGCACCACCCAGAAUGUUGCAGGGUAUGACACCAGAGACUCUCCCUGUAAAUUGCCCAAGGACAUUGUGAAUACCUUGACAGUUUUUGCUCUGGUUUGAGUAUCUCAAUGGUGUUUACAGCUGAGUAUUCUAUUCCUCUGAAUAUGGGAAAAUAUUGUUAAUCCAGUAAUAACUCUUACCUCACUUUCAUUAGAUGCAUUUAAAGGGUUUGUUGGAGGUUCAGUAAAAUGUUUACAUUUUGAGGAGGUACUAAAGUCAAAUCAGAGAAGGUACUAAACAGAUAACUUUCUAAUAGCAUCACUUUCUAAUUAAUUUGUAAAAUAUGAUUUUCUUCUUUGGCCCAGAACAAAUUCCUAUGGGUUUUUUUGUCUGUACAAACCUAAAUUGCUGUCACUGGCAACUCUCUCUUAACAGGGCAGAAGCCACAGCAUACACUUAACAGAUCAGUGUCUCUUAGCUGGGUGAUGUGUAGCUAUAAUCAAGUUCUGCCAUUAGUAAGAAAUGGGUAACUGAAAGAUGUGUUGUAGUUGAAGAAGUGUGGGUCCUAAAUAUAAAUGGGGAUUAAAAAAAACACAGAGCCUGUAUUAAACCUUCAUUCAGUUAUGCCUAAAAAGGUGGAAAAUAAUUUUUGAGUAUCUGAAAAAGGGAGUAUAGAUACCCAUUAUUGCACAGUAACUGGGUUUCAUUCUAAAAAGUGCACCAAUAGCUGUAUUCCUUUCAGUUAGGAAAAAAAAAAAAAACAAAGAAACACCACAUAUAUUUAUUAAAUACCUUAUUUUGUCUUCUGUAUUCCCUGUGUGGUUUUAGGCCUUAUUCUAACCCAUGUUGUAGGAAUCUCUAGUGCAGUUACCUGGGAAUCAAAAAUCUUUGAAAUUAUUAACGAGUUUACUCCAGCAUCUUUUUCUCUUCAGGCUGUGCAGUGGUCACUUAGAAACAGCCAAAACAAAGGCAUAGCAAGGCAGAGUCAUCAGCUCUCUGCCAGCCUGGGCUGCAUUGCUUCCCAGCAUUUGGAUGCAGAAUUCUUGGUGUGUUUAUAUCUCUCUUGUUAUGUUCAAAGCUUUAUUCAUUCUCAGCUGCAGUUCUUGGUGCUUGUUACUUUGGCAAAUAAUCUCUUCUUCCUCAAGUUGGGAACUGUUUGGGCAACUGGAAGUUUGAUUAAAGUAACGUCCCAGAUCCACUGCAGUAGGCAGGGCUUAUCCCUGCACUCCAGGAUCCAUUUCCCGGAAUGGCAGUGAUUUCAUGAGAAAUGGUGCUUGGAGUCCCUCCCUUCCUUUGCCAUAUAAAUUUAAAACGCCUUUGCACUCUCACAAAAGCACCCAACACCUCUCCUGCCUUAGGCCAGUCCUGUAUAGGCUUGCUGAGGAAAAAAAAAAAAUAAUAAUAAUCUUAACCUGUUGAAUAAAAGACCCUAAGGGUUAUUGAAGAGCUGAGAAACUUAGUACAAUAGCUGAUAAGAAAAACUGAGUACUGUUGCUCCUACUGCUCUAUCUGCAAAAAUACAAGUUAAUAAAUAAUAAAAGUUGAAGUUGCUUAUAAAAGCUGUAAGCUGCUUAUUCAUUAGCUUUAUUUCUUGUAUUCUUUUUUUUUUCCUCCCCCAGCUGCUGAUAAUACCCACAUAGCCUUGUUCAGCUUUCUGAGAUGCUUGUUGGACAGUUCUUCGGCCACUUUCACUGGCAAUUCCUACUUCAUCUUUUGUUGUGGAGGCUGUGGCUAAGCAGCUUUGGCUGUACUUGCUUACAUUUGUUUUCCUUAUUUAUUCUAAAUUGCUGUGUCUGUGAGGGGGUGGUAAAGGCAAUAACUUCAUCAGAAAAAAAGAAAAAAAAAGAAAAAUAUAGACAAAACACAAAGUAAGAAAGGGUUCCUAAUCUGGGGAUGCAAUGAAAUGAAAAACCUGUACCCACCAUUCUUAAGUCUUUUGACUCGCAAAUUUUUUGUUGAAGCAGCCUGUGGUUCCUACUUCUAUAGCAUUAUUGUUUAAUAGUAUCUUUCCUUAUUUUGUUAAUAUUUACUUUUCUAGUUCACCAAAUAUCUUCAGCUCUCUAAUAUUCCUUGUACUCAGUCACAGAGAACUUGAAAGGAUAUCUGAGGAAUUACAAUUCACCAGAUCCACACUAUUUCUGUAGGUUUGAAUCAGACAGAGAAGCAGAGGUGCUCAGGAUUGGUCUUUAGGUCACUAGAUCCCCCAUAUAAGCCACAGGGACAUUAAGUGCCUUGGAAUGGGGUCUGACACAUCUUCUUUACAAGAUGUACCAGGUGCUAGGGGAGAUAACUCCCUCUGUAAGGAGCACACAGCCCUGAACCUCUCCUGGAGGAAGGGACUCAACCUCUUUCAGGAAAAAGGAAAGCAAGGCUCAUGUCUGUGGCCUCUGAGCCCCUUUUACAACUGAGUCUGUGAUUGAGAAGAGACCACAGUUCCCUCUGUGGCCUGACAGGUGACAAGCCUCAACCUCCCAGCUUAGAAGAGGAGGGAGCUCCAGGCUGUACUGGAUGUGUCCACAGCUGAAAGCUGUUCUGCCUGACUCCCCAGCUGGAGGGUGAAGCAUUUGUCUCUCUUGUGAAUGGGCCUGAGUUCAUGAGCCACACAUGCUUAAAAUCUAUAAAUAAUCACCAAUUAAAAAUGCUGAAAUAAACCUUGGAAGAAGGGCAAGAGCCCAAACCUGUUUGUUUCUCAGGGGAUGCACUGACUGCCUGACUUUCAUCCCUCACGCAGAAGGGUGUGAGAGUUCUUCUCCAUGGCAGAGCAGACCAGGGACCAUGGUGCAGGACUGCAGGAACAUGAACCUGAAGCUCCUGGAAAAGAAGGUGGUGUGACCUUGCCUGUGAUACCACAGUCACUGUGUGCAGUUACAAGAACAGCAGCACAGCUACCAGAGUGGAAGUCACGCCAACAAGAGACAAACCAUGGAUUUUGUGCCUGAGACUGGCUACCUUGAUUUACUGCACAGUGACAUCGACCCAUUGCAACUGUGUGCUCUCCUUGAUCCUAAGUCAUCUGGAGAUGGAGAAGGUGACUUCACUACAGAUCUUGAAGUUGAUGCCAGCAACUAUGAACAGUUAAAUAAUAUGGAUUUCAUGAGUACAAUGGAAAAUGGUGAAAAUGGAGAUGGGUCGUAUCUCUGUUCCAACACCACAGAUGCUUAUGCUAAAAUGGCUGAAUUAGUAGAAUAUGUGCUCAAGGAUCAUCAGGAGAAGCAGGUGGAAGACAUUUUUGCAGGGAACCUCAAUUUGGAUGAAAUGACUGCUGAAACCAUUGAGAAAUUUCCUGACAUAAAGAAGCAGAAGUGUCAUAAACGAACCUUCCUAGGCUCUGCAGAGAACUGGUCUGAUACUUCAGAACCAAAAUACAGAAAAAUUGUGGAAGUGCCUGCAGUGGCUGCAGAGAAUGGCAGUUUCUUAGCUCUGCCUUUCAACAGCCUGCCAGUGGGCUGCACCUCACUGACUAACCAGCACUUGUCCUUUUCUGUUCCUGCUGCCUACGGCUUGGAAAGAAGUUUCCUAAUUCCUGGAUCUUCAGAACCUUGGACUGCAGAGAUUCUACCUGUCAGUGUGAAAGGGAGCCAGGACAAUCCAGGCUUUGCACAUCCUCCUCAGCAGUUACUUAACUUUGUUCUUGAAAAUGGCAUAUCUGAUUUUAUAAUAUAUCCAGUGUUUACUUCUUCCAUGGAAACAUUCAUAUCCCCAGAUUUUCCAGUUAGUUCAUUUGAUGUAGAAAGGUUUGAAGAAGUUCAAGAUUCCAUAAUUCCUUCUGAAGACGAUUUCAAAACACGAGAGCUGGUGGAAACUUUCUGCACUUCACUUAAGGAUUAUUUCCGAGACACGUGCAAGUUUGUGACCCUGGAGCGUGAGGUAGCACUGGAUCACCUGUUUAUUGAUGGGACACUUGUUCAAAGCCAAACUGAAACCAGGACUGGGAGGAAUAGUGCAAAAACAAUGGAAAACCAGCUGGUGACUUGCAGUCUGCACGAGAAGGAAAAGAUAGCCAUUGAUAGAAGCCAAAUAUUUCAAAUCCCAAAACGUAAAGGCUUAGAGACUAAAGUGAUUUUGGUGCUGGGAAAAGCAGGAAUGGGCAAAAGCAUUCUCGUUCAGAAGAUCUGCCAGGACUGGUCCAAUGGAGAGUUUUCUGAGUUUGAAUUUGUAUUUUGGUUUGACUGUGAGCAAAUAAGCUUGCCUGAGAAGCAAUACAGCCUGAAGGAACUGCUUCUUGAAUUUUUUGUAAAACCUCAGGAGGGAAGCAAAGAGAUAUUCGAGUACAUAUUACAAAAUCCUGCUAAAGUCCUUCUGGUUUUUGAUGGCUUUAAAGGAUUGCAUGACCAUGAGAAUUCUCCUCGUUGCUCAGCCAGCGAGCCAGAAAAAGAUUUGUACAGUAUAAAGGAGCUGCUUUCAGGACUCAUCCAAAGAAAGAUACUCAAUGGUUGUACCUUAUUACUUACAGCAAGACCAAAAGACAAGGUGUACUACUAUGUGUCCAAAGUGGAUAAGACUAUUGAAAUAGUAGGAUUUUCCCCUGAGCAGAGAGAACUGUACAUAACCAAAUACUUUGAAGGAUUACCCCACUGUGACAGUGCACUGAAAUUAGUCAAAGACCAUGAGUACUUGUUCAGUCAUUGUUACAGCCCUGGCAUGUGUAGAUUUGUUUGUUUUCUUUGUGAUACAGUACUUGAAAUGGGAGAGGAGAGCCUUCCUUCAACUCUUUCUGCAGUCUUCCUGAAAUUUUUUCAGCAGAAGAUAAUACCUGUGCAAACAGAUGUUACAGCCACACAAAAUCAAGAGAAUCUUAUUACCCUAGCCCAUAUAGCCUGGUGUCUUGGAGAAAAGCACCAAAGUGCCAUGAAAAGUGAUCUUUUUCCUUCUAAAGAAGUUAAAGAGUUUGGUCUGAAAUAUGGAUUUUUCCUGCCAUUUGCAUUCCCCAGACAUUCAGAUAGUGAAGAAGAGGAAUUUGGGAGCACAUUCUCUGAUUUUGUCAUUCAGAACUUCUUGUGUGCACUUCACCUUUCAUUAGCAGAAGAAAGUGUAAUAAAGUACCUGUCUUUUCCAUCCAAAAGGAAAAAACCCUAUCACUGGCUAGAUUUAGUGCCUCGAUUUUUGGCUGGAUUGUUGUUUCUCCAGGAUGACCCUUACUUCUGCUCCCUUUCGAAUCAGGAUGAAAUACAACCAGUGAAGAAGCAGAAUAAACUCUUGAAAUACAUUAGAAGGCUGCAGAUUAAUGAUCUCUGUCCAGAGAGGCUGCUGGAGCUCUUACGCUGUGUUUAUGAAACCCAAAGCAGUUACCUCCUGCAGCACGUGGCCUUAAGGCUCAAGCCAGACUUGUCUUUUCUGAACAUAGCCCUUACCCCACCUGAUGUCCAUGUACUGCACUCUAUUUUAAAAAGGUCGAGAAAGGAGUUUUCCUUGGAUUUGAGAAACAGCAGCGUUGACAUGCAAGGGCUCAAAGACUUGGUGAGCCUCAAGAACGUGGCGUCCUUCAGGGCCUCCCUCAAUGACACUGUCAGGCUCUGGAAAUCUUUAGAACAGUCAAAAGACUACGAGCUGCUGAAAGCCUCAGCAGAGAAAUUUGUUCUUGAUCCCUUUAAGGCAAAGACGAUGAAGGACAUCAGUGACCUCUCCGACCUUGUAGAGAUACAAGAGAAGCUGGUGAAUUGUGAGCAAGAUGCAUCUGAUUCCACCAGCUAUGAAAUUCCUGCCAUCAAAAACCUCAGAAAACUCGAAUUUGCGCUGGGUCCGGUGUGUGGCCCUCAGGGAUUGCUAAAACUCGUGAAAAUUCUUGCAGCAUUUCCAUCACUUCAGCAUUUAGACCUUGAUGCUCUGAGCGAAAAUGGCAUAGGAGAUGAAGGAGCCAAGAGUCUAUCUGAAGUCUUUCCAACCCUGACAUCCCUGGAAACGUUAAAUUUAUCACAGAAUAAAAUAACAGACAUGGGCGCGGAGAAACUCGCCACAGCUCUUCCUUCCUUGUCUUCCUUAAAAACACUAAGCUUGUACAAUAACAACAUCAGUGAUUUUGGAGCAGAAAAUCUGGCGAAAGUUCUUCCUGCAAUGACAUCUUUAAGAGUGCUAGAUGUUCAGUACAACAAAAUAACCCGUGUGGGAGCCCAGCAGUUGACCAACAGCCUACGAAAAUGUCCCCACAUAAAGAACUUGGUGAUGUGGAAUCCCGCCAUUCCCUAUGGAAUCCUUGAAUACCUUCAGCAGCUGGACUCUAGGAUCAGUGUGUAGAUUCAGAGGAUCCCACAAAGGUAUCAUAAAGAAGAGGGGGAAGGUGUCCUCUGUGCUCUCCUAUCUUCUUGCUGCUUUAGGAAUCGGUGGCAGAUUUUCAUGUUGCAAAAAAGGUCACAUUUAAGUUUCUAAGUGAUGCUUAAAUUAGGUGAAUUAUAAAGUUUGAACUUCCAAAGGUCAUUUAAAAUGCUGUUCAAAGACCCCAUCGUAUUCCUACUGAAGUGAUGAAGAGUUAAGCAACAUCAAGUUUCAGAGAUGAAAAGAACAUCUGGAUACUGUGAUCACCAUUAAAGGAAACCAGGAACCACCAGGACAUUGACAGUGUAAAAUUCCACCACCGAUUCACCAAAGAGCAGAUUGAAAGCUGCUGAAUCUGCAACACCUGAAGCAGUGAUAGAUCAAAUCUCAUUGUUUCAAGGUGCUAGUGGUAACUGUGAUCCACUUUGGUCUGAUGAUUUUGGACUUUCAAAGCCCAGUGUUACAGAUUCCACCUGUGUGUAUGGGUUGAUUUGAAGCAUUAGGAUGAGGAGCAAAAAAAAGAAUGAUCAGUCCUAGAAAACGUGAUAUUGGAAGAUUAUCCACGAGAAUCUAGAAGUGGUUCUUUUCUUGAUGCUAACCAUCAGUGCUGUCUUAAGGUAUAGAAAGAUAUUUUCUAUCACUUGUUUGUUACAGAAUCCUUCAAAAAAACUGGGGGGAAAAAGAAAGAAGUAAUAAGAAGAAAGGAAUUAAAACUGAAAAACUACUCAGGAUUUUUCUGACAUCACAGAAAUCCAAAUACACACAAAUACCUUCAAUUUAUUGCACAAAAAUCCUCAAAGUGACAAUCUUUGAAGGUUUUUACUUUGUCUCAAAUGAGAACUGUAAAUUCAUAUACCUGGAUUGAGAUUUAAUUUCUUAAAUGCAGCUGGCAGCAUAAAUGUUUACAGGCAUCGAUUUUCUACUUGACAGUGAUCUCACUACUGUAUGUGGUUUAUGUGGUGCUCUGGUACAGUUAUGAAUAACUGGGCAAAAACAGACAAAAAUACAUUUCAAAGCAUUAUCAUGUCUAUGCUGCUGGUCUCAGUCAUAUGUGGGCCAAAUACUCAUCCUGUUGCUACAGCAGCAAGCCAGUUCUCUCGGUUUUUUCCUUCAUUUCUGCUCUGUGAACAUGGAGAGAACUCAAAAAUUGUACAGAGGCAAUUGUCAGGUCAGCACUAGAGUUCUGGCUUCCUGUCAGAUACAGUCUGAAACAGAACAACAAAAAGGGAUAGAAAAGGCUAGGAAUGUUUGAUAUGCCACAAAUUGGGAAGUCUCUCCUUCACAGUUAGCUCAGGGUUAGCUCAGCCACUCCUUUGAAACCUCUUCAGCUAAAAAGCACUGCCAAUACUGACCCAAGUAUCUGUGCAAACUAGAAUCUCUCAACUAACCUCUCAAAUUUUAAAAGUCCCCAAUUUAAACAGCUCAAACCCACAAUCUUUAUGUUCUUUCCAGAAAGUUACACUCCUCUGCUUAUGUUUCAGUGCCUGAAGGAUCCUGACAGCAGGGAUACAAAGUGGACAAAUUAAAGAAAGAAGGGAGGAAGGUCUGUUGGUUUUUUCUGAGAGCGGGGGAUCAGACAUUGUACGUGAAAGAAUAGAAAGGUGGGAAAACUCUGUGGAGAAUAUGAAUGUAAUUAGAAUGUGGUAUUCUUCUUAACAGUCUGCGUGGUUCUUCUCUCCAGCCAGAGUCAUGGAUAAAGGAUCUCAUUUAUACUCCCCUUUUUGAGCUGCUUGAAUGGGAAGUAGUUUGAGCCAAAUCUUGUGUGAUGUUCCCAUCAGCCUGCGGCGCCCCAGCCGUGCACAUCUACGGUGAACCCUUGUCUUGGCUUCCCUUAACUGAGCUUGGGAUGACAAAUGCCCCUUCAGGCACAUAUUCUGCAGCUGCACUUUACUGUGACUGAAUCUGAGAAUGUGCUAAAUAUUAGCCAGGCAGAUGAAUGUUACAGGCCCCUGUCUGGACUGAUAAAGUCAUGUUGUAUAUACUGCUGUUCUCUUUCUACGAGUUAGCGAGAGAUGUAUUUUUAUAAUGUACAGACUGUAAAUUGUGAGACCGUGUUUUGGUUGUCUUUACACAUCUUUUUUUAAAGUAUUAAUAAAACUGAGUAUUAUGUUUUACAGUA